AUGGUUCGCUUUCUUUCUACCCUUCUAAUCGGAGCUCAGCUCCUCGCUCCCGCCCUGAGCCAUGCUGUCCCUCACAUUCAGCCCCGAGGAGCCAACGACAACAUCACCUACCCUUAUCCUGAGCUCGGCACUGAUGAGCCAGCCGACUUUGCCACCAACGGCUAUUUCAUCAACCACCUCUGCAUCAACGUCAGGAACCUCACCGCCAGUGUCGACUUUUACUCUAGCGUCUUUGGUCUCCGCAAGCUCUUCACUCUCCACGUCUCCAAGCACUUUAGCAUCACCUACAUGGGUCACCCUCACGGUGGAAAGAAUGGAACUGGAUACCAGACCGCUCUUGAGAUGAACCGAGAGAAGAACAACGCUGAGGGCUUGAUCGAGCUGGUCUACGUUGAUGUUCCUGUCUACAACAUCGAUUCGUCCAUCGAGACCCCCAACACCUUUGCGCACAUCGGCAUGGUCGUGCCUGACACCAAGGUGAUGCAGGAACGUCUGGAUUCGCUUCCUCAUAUUCCCGUUCUGAAGAAGUACGGUGACCCCAUUGAGCUCGGCAGCAAGGUCGCUGGAGCCACCAGCCUGACUCCCGAAGCUCUCGCUCAACUUGGCCCUGAGGAGAAGGAGCUGAUCUCCAAGGUGCUGGGUCCCACCAACGAGCCUCUCAUCUUUGUCGCCGAUCCCGAUGGCAACCUGAUUGAGAUCCAGCCCCAGGAGGGAUCUGAGCUGACUGGCUAA